AUGAGUUUUAGGGGUGACGGUUCUUCUUCUCAACAGACCUCUUCUUCUCUCUCUGUGAAUGGCGCAUCACCACUUCCCGCCGCUGAAAAGCCUUGGCCGCCGCGAAUCAUCGCUACCACUCGUCUCUCUCUCCGUCUCAAUCCUCUCUGCGGUUUCGUUUGUUUCGUGAUUUCCAACCUUCUCCGAUCCAAGCUUCAUCAUCGUCGUCUCAUCUUCAUUUUCAAAUUCAUUGCACGAUCUCCGUCUCAACCUUCUUCGUCUCAUUUUUGUCAUCUCGGAUGCAUCAACAACAUCUCCGAUUUAAUUCGUCGCGCAUCGAUUCAAACAAAACUCAACAUACAGGCCAUUGAUUCAUGA